CGCCCCACCCAGCACCGCAGCCGCGAGGCAAGCAGACUCCGGCGGAGCACUCGUGGCGUCCGGUGAGGCUGCAGCAGGCUCUGGAGCGGCCCCGUGCUCCCCCAGCUGCCGCCACCGAGCAUGGAAAUCCCACCGACCCACUACCCCGCCUCCAGGGCGGCCUCGGUGGUGGAGAACUGCAUCAACUACCAGCAGGGGACCCCCCACAAGGUGUUUCUGGUGCAGACGGUCCAACAAGCCAGCAUGGAGGAUAUUCCAGGACGAGGACAUAAGUAUCGCCUUAAGUUUUCUGUGGAAGAAAUUAUCCAAAAACAAGUGACAGUGAACUGCACAGCUGAAGUACUUUACCCCCCAAUGGGACAAGAUACUGCACCAGAAGUCAACUUCACAUUUGAAGGAGAAAUUGGAAAGAACCCAGAUGAAGAAGAUAACACAUUUUAUCAAAAACUCAAAUCCAUGAAGAAACCACUAGAAGCACAAAAUAUUCCAGACAGUUUUGGAAACAUACCUCCAGAAAUGAAGCCAAUUCGGCAUUUAGCCUGGGUUGCCUGUGGUUAUAUAAUAUGGCAGAAUUCUACUGAAAACACAUGGUAUAAAAUGGUAAAAAUUCAAACUGUCAAGCAAGUGCAAAGAAAUGAUGACUUCAUUGAGUUAGACUAUACCAUUCUACUUCAUGAUAUUCCAUCUCAGGAGAUUAUUCCUUGGCAAAUGCAAGUUCUAUGGCAUCCACAGUAUGGUACUAAAGUAAAACAUAAUAGCCGCCUGCCAAAGGAAGCACAAGUGGAAUAAACGAACACCCAACGCUUACUGAUGAUGUGUACGUCACUCUUCAUUGACAUCUAGCGUAAGGGGCCAAAUAAAUCCUACAGUGUCAGUGCUUAUAGCACAGAACUGUAUAGCUUCCACAAUAAAGAGUUUCAUGAUAUAACAGUGUCUUAAUAACAGUCAUAGUGCUGUGCAUAUC